UGGUAAAAUUUUGGUUUUCCAAACAUAGUACUAAUAAAAUACAGUGUUGAUACUUGCAUUGCAUCUGGUGGAAGAAACCCACAUGGUCACACCUCACUUCAAGGUUAACUUACUGCUGACACAUUUUGAUUCUGAAAAAUAUUUAUUUUCAGUGGUUGUUCAACAAACUCUUUCUCUGUGAGUGCUUUGUGAUAUUAGUAGUUGAAGUUGAUGAAUGACCAAUUCUUUGUUUUACUUACCUUUAUUUGAAACAACUUUAUGUUAUUUACUUGUGAUUUUCAUUUUAUGUGUUAGAUUAAAUUAGAUCUCAUCUAUUGUUGUUACAUUACAAUUCAAGGUUAAAGUUCUCUAAAAAUUACCUAAACUUUAACUUAGUCACACCAACUGUGUUUUUGUUUUUCAGUUAUUUUUCCUUAUUUGCUACUUGUGCUUUACCUAGAAGAAAAAGUGAUGAUACUUAUGCACAAAGCUUGGUCUAUGUAAAAGAGUUUUCACAAAGGUUGCACCAUAUUCAACUCAGAAUUAGUAUAAUAUAGUAACGCUACGAGUUUUUUUCCGUGUGGUUCUUUAUUGCAGAAGGUUAUCAAGUGUUCAUUUCAAGCUUAUCAUCACUGUAAGGUUGAAGAAAAAUGCAGAAGCCACCAAAUUCUCAUGAGUUUGCCCUUAAGGAGACAACGCCGAACAUUGGAGCAGGGGCAGUCACAAGGGACAAGCUAUCCUGCACCUAUGACUUGGUCGAGCAAAUGCAAUACCUCUACGUUCGUGUCGUCAAAGCCAAAGAAUUACCUACAAAAGAUGUCACUGGUAGUCUUGAUCCCUAUGUUGAAGUGAAGCUUGGAAACUACAAGGGAAUUACGAAGCAUUUUGAGAAGAAGUCAAAUCCCCAGUGGAAUCAGGUUUUCGCCUUCUCCAAAGAUCGGAUCCAGGCUUCGGUUUUGGAGGUGAUUGUUAAAGAUAAAGAUGUUAUAGCAGAUGACUUUGUAGGGAGGGUGUGGUUUGAUCUGAAUGAUAUACCGAAACGUAUACCACCAGAUAGCCCUUUGGCUCCGCAAUGGUAUAGGCUCGAAGAUCGCAAAGGUGAGAAAGUCAAGGGAGAGUUAAUGCUUGCAGUUUGGAUGGGAACUCAAGCAGAUGAGGCAUUUCCUGACUCUUGGCAUUCUGAUGCAGCAAUGGUUGGAUCUGAAGCAGUUGCAAAUAUAAGAUCAAAAGUUUACUUGUCUCCCAAGCUUUGGUAUGUUAGGGUCAAUGUAAUCGAAGCUCAGGACUUGAUUCCAAGUGAUAAAAGCCGGUAUCCUGAAGUUUUUGUGAAGGUUGCUCUAGGGAAUCAGUUUUCAAGAACUAGAAUAUCUCAACUGAAGACCAUAAAUCCUAUAUGGAAUGAAGAUUUGAUGUUUGUCGCAGCCGAGCCAUUCGAGGAACCUUUGGUUUUAACCGUGGAAGACAGGGUUGGACAGAACAAAGAUGAAACCCUAGGAAAGUGUAUGAUUCCUUUGCAGAUGGUGCAAAGGCGGUUAGACCAUAAGCCGGUGAACACUCGGUGGCAUAAUCUUGAGAAGCACUUGGUUGUUGAAGGUGAAAAAAAGGACACGAAAUUUGCAAGCAGGAUACAUUUAAGGUUAUGUUUGGAUGGAGGAUACCACGUGCUGGACGAGUCAACGCAUCACAGUAGUGAUCUUAGGCCAACGGCGAAGCAGCUAUGGAAGUCAAGUAUUGGUAUUCUAGAAGUAGGGAUUAUAAGUGCACAUGGGUUGAUGCCGAUGAAAACUAGAGAUGGUAGAGGAACCACAGAUGCUUAUUGCGUAGCGAAAUUCGGACAGAAGUGGAUCCGAACUAGGACAAUCGUCGAUAGCUUUAGUCCAAAGUGGAAUGAACAAUACACUUGGGAAGUAUUUGAUCCAUCUACUGUUAUCACAAUAGGUGUCUUUGAUAACAAUCAUUUACAUGGAGGAGACAAAUCAAAGGAUUCUAGGAUAGGGAAGGUAAGAAUUCGGUUAUCUACUCUUGAAACCGAUAGAGUUUACACACAUUCAUAUCCUCUUUUAGUAUUAAAUCCGUCAGGAGUGAAGAAAACAGGAGAAGUUCAAUUGGCUGUCAGGUUCACAAAUUCUUCUUACUUCAACAUGUUGUAUAUGUAUUCCAUGCCGCUGUUGCCGAAGAUGCACUACAUUCAUCCCUUAUCGGUGAUUCAGCUCGACCAUCUGAGGCAUCAAGCGACACAAAUUGUGUCGAUGAGGCUGAGCCGAGCUGAGCCACCGCUAAGGAAAGAAGUAGUAGAAUACAUGCUUGAUGUGGAUUCACAUAUGUGGAGUAUGAGAAGAAGCAAAGCCAAUUUCUUCAGGAUAAUGAAAGUUUUAUCGAGUUUGAUCGCAUUUGGAAAAUGGUUUGAUCAAAUUUGCAAUUGGAAAAACCCGAUCACAUCGAUACUAAUUCAUAUCCUAUUCAUAAUAUUAGUUCUUUACCCUGAACUAAUACUUCCAACAAUUUUCCUAUACAUGUUCAUGAUUGGAAUAUGGAACUUUAGAUGGAGGCCAAGACACCCUCCACAUAUGGACACUAGACUAUCUCAUGCCGACGCAGCUUUUCCGAAUGAACUAGACGAAGAGUUCGACACAUUCCCUACAUCGCGUUCCUCAGAUAUUGUUCGAAUGAGAUACGACCGAUUAAGAAGCAUUGGAGGGAGAGUUCAAAGUGUUGUAGGUGAUCUUGCAACUCAAGGAGAAAGGUUUCAAAGUCUUUUAAGUUGGAGAGAUCCAAGGGCUACAACACUUUUUGUAACAUUUUGUUUUGUUGCUGCUAUGAUUCUUUAUGUUACUCCUUUUCAAGUUGUGUUACUAAUUACUGGCUUUUAUGUUCUGAGACAUCCUAGAUUCAGACAGAAACUUCCAUCAGUUCCUCUUAAUUUCUUUAGGAGGUUACCUGCUAGAUCAGAUAGCAUGUUAUAGAUCAUCAUUCAUGAUUAUGUUCAUUUGAUUUGGGAAUAUUCAUGUUGUUGCAAUUAUGUUGUGUUAUAAACAUUCUUUUAAUGUCAAGUUUUAUUUCUUUGAGUA